AUGCGCCCCGCGCCCGGCCGCCCGCGCCCGCUGUCAUCCGCGUGCGCCCCGGCCCCGCCGGCCCCCGCCGCCGCGCGGCUGCAGCCCCGGUUCCUCCGGGGCGGCUCGGGCGACAGCAGCGCCGGCUCCCCGGGCAGCAGCACGGGCGCCGAGCGGGAGGACGACGACGACAGCGGCAGCAUCCGCCGGCCGCUGGUGCCGGGCGCCGCCGCCGCGCUCGCGGGCCCCGCGGCUCCGGGCGCCGCCGCCGCCGCCUCGCCGGCCUCCAGCUCGCCCUCCGCGCCGGCCUCCACGCCCGCCUCCCGCGGCGGCAUGACGGCCGCGGACCUCGGCGGGGCCGUCGGGGGCCCCGGGGCGCACGCGGGCGGCGCCUCCCGGGGCGGCGGCGGCGGCUGCGGCUGCUGCGGGCGCCCGGCGCGGCCCGGGCGCGGGGGUCGGCGGCGCGGCUGCGGCCCGGGGCCCGCGUGCCGGCGGGUCUACCAGGCGCUGUCGGUGGCGCUGCUGCUGGCGCAGGGCGGCCUGCUGGACCUGUACCUCAUCGCCGUCACCGACCUCUACUGGUGCUCCUGGAUCGCCACCGACCUGGUGGUGGCGGCGGGCUGGGCCAUCUUCUUCGCCAAGAACAGCCGGGGCCGCCGUCGGGGCGGCGCGCCCGGCCCGCCCCCGCCGCCCCACCACCACGCGCCGCCGCCCGCGCCCCUGCACCUGCCGGCGGGCGCCGCCGGGGCCAAGGCGGGGGCGGCGGCGGCGGGGCGCGCGGGGCGCGGCGGCCCGGGGGGCGGCCCCGACGGCGGCCCCGCGGCGGCGGGCGAGUUCGCCUUCGCUUACCUGGCCUGGCUCAUCUACGCCAUCGCCUUCACCCCCAAGGUGGUGCUCAUCCUGGGCACCUCCAUCUUGGACCUGGUGGAGCUGCGCGCGCCCCUCGGCACCACCGGCUUCCGCCUGACGCUGGCGCUGUCGGCGCCGCUGCUCUACGGCCUGGUGCGCGCCGUCGGCGGGGCGGGCGCGGGCUCGGCCGGGCCGCUGCUCCUGCGCCCGCAGCGGCACCGCGCCGCCGGCUGCUUCCUGGGCACCUGCCUGGACCUGCUGGACAGCCUCUCGCUGCUGGAGCUGGUGCUGGACGGCCGCGCGCCGCUGCCCGCGCACCUGCGCCACCUGCUCCUGGCCGGCUACUUCCUCACGCUGGCCUCGCCCGUGCUCUGGCUGUACGAGCUGGGCGCGCGGGGCCCCGCGGCGCCGCCCCGCGCCGGCGCCCGCCUGCUGCGCCUGCUGGGCGGCUGCCUGGUGGACGCGCCCCUGCUGGCGCUGCGCGGCCUCCUGCUGGCCGGCUACCGGCAGCCCCUCUCCAUCUUCAUGCUCAAGAACCUCUUCUUCCUGGGCUGCCGCGGCCUGGAGGCCCUGGAGGGCUGCGGGGACCCGGGGCCGCGGGCCUCGCCCGGACGGGCCUCCCCGGGCCGGGCCCGGGGCGGCGGCGGGGCCCCGCCCUCCGCCCCGCCGCCCCCGGGAGGCCCCCAGCCCGGCCACGGCGCCCCCGAGCACGAGGGGGGCCCCCAGGGCUACGUCAACACCCUGGCCGUGGCCUCCCAGAACUGA